AUUGUCAUGUGACUUGUGCACGGAAAAGCGGACAGUACUACUGACGAUACACGAGGGCAAGCUGUUCGACUUGGCGAAACCACGCUAUAGUAGCCUCAUUGAUAGCAACGUGCGGGUAGCCGUGCUCGACUUACCACUCGGUUCCAUCGAUCGCGGCAGAUCGUCCCAAAAUUAAUCCAAUAUGGCUCCUAUAGACUCCAAGAGAUUAAUUCAACAGUAUAUAGCUGACAAUAAAGUCAUGAUAUUCAGCAAAUCUACUUGUCCAUUCUGCAAACGGGUGAAAGAUCUUUUCAGUUCAUUGAAAGUUGAAUACACCGCCAUUGAAUUGGAUCAGAUUGCUAAUGGUAAAGAUUUACAAGAUGGGUUAUUUGAAAUGACGGGUCAGCGUACUGUACCAAAUGUUUUUAUUAACAGCAAUCAUAUCGGUGGCUGUGAUGACACCAUGAAGAAGAAUAGAGAUGGCUCACUCAUGGCUCUCGUAUCGCAGUCGAAAAAACAAGAUGACGCAUCAAUGACUGAAUCAUACGACUAUGAUCUUAUAGUCAUUGGUGGAGGAUCUGGUGGAUUAGCUGCUUCCAAGAAAGCAGCUGAACAUGGUCAGAAAGUUGCAGUUUUUGAUUUUGUGAAACCCACUCCAAAAGGCACAACAUGGGGUCUUGGCGGUACAUGUGUCAACGUUGGAUGUAUACCAAAGAAACUCAUGCACCAAGCAGCCUUACUAGGUCACUCUUUAGAAGAUGCCAAGAAAUAUGGCUGGGAGUUUGAUGAUAAAGCAUCGCAUAAUUGGACAACAAUGAGAGAUGCAAUCCAGAAUCACAUUGGAUCAUUAAACUGGGGGUAUCGUGUUGAUUUAAGAGAUAAAAAUGUCACCUACCACAAUGCCUAUGCAGAGUUUACUGAUCCACACACUGUUAAGGCUGUGAAUAAAAAGGGAAAGGAGACUGUUAUGACAGCUAAACGAUUCAUUAUUGCCGUCGGCGGAAGACCAAGGUAUCCCGAUAUCCCAGGAGCUAAGGAAUACUGCAUUACAAGUGAUGAUUUGUUUUCUCUGCCAUACAAUCCCGGUAAAACCUUGGUGAUUGGUGCAUCAUAUGUGGCGUUGGAGUGUGCUGGGUUUCUGGCCGGUAUAGGCUAUGAUACUACUGUAAUGGUACGGUCUAUCUUGUUGAGAGGUUUUGAUCAGGACAUGGCCAAUCGAAUUGGUGACUACAUGGAAACUCAUGGUGUCAAGUUCAUCAAAGAGCACAUCCCAACAAUGGUAGAACAACUGGAAGAAGGCUCACCUGGUAAGCUUAGAGUGUCAUACAAAGCUACAAAUGGAGGUGAAAUCAAAACAAUAGAAUGCAAUACGGUGAUCAUUGCUGUUGGGCGUGAUGCUUGCACUCAGACUAUUGGACUGGAUAAAGCCGGUGUAGAAUACAAUGUUAAGAAUGGUAAAAUACCAGCUCAAUUUGAAGAGACCAAUGUGAGUCACAUCUAUGCCCUGGGUGAUGUACUUGAAGGAAAACCAGAACUAACACCAGUUGCAAUACAAGCAGGAACACUAUUGGCCAAUAGGCUUUAUGGAGGCCAUGUUGCUAGGUGUGACUAUGUUAAUGUGCCAACAACAGUCUUCACACCAUUGGAGUAUGGGUGUUGUGGUUUAUCAGAAGAAGACGCCAUUAACAAAUAUGGUGAUCAACUGGUGGAGGUAUUCCAUACCUAUUUCAAACCAUUGGAACAUACCGUAGCACAACGAGAGGACAACGUGUGUUAUGGAAAGAUUAUCUGUCAUAGAGUUGAUAGUAAUAGAGUUGUUGGUUUCCAUGUGCUAGGACCCAAUGCUGGUGAAAUAACACAGGGCUAUGGAGUAGCAAUGAAGUGUGGUUUGUCAAAGGGAUUAUUAGAUCUGUCUAUUGGAAUACAUCCUACCUGUGCUGAGAUAUUUACAACUCUGUCAGUGACUAAGGGGUCUGAUAAAGCUCCCCUAGCUGCCGGAUGCUGAGGUUAAUUCCCUGCUAGUUGGCUAUUCUGAUAGAUUAGAUAUUUAUUUGGCAAGUUUGGUUAUACUGUAUAAUGGAAUCUCUUUUUCACUUUUUAUUUUAUCCUACUUGUAUUUAUGUACUAUAAUGUAGAUUCUUUUCAGUUUAUAUUUUAUGGAAUUUAUUAAAUUAAUGGAAACUCUAUAAGAUUUCAGAUUUAUAUGGGGUUGCAACUCUAGGAUGAACCCAUACUGUGCUAUUUUGUGUUAAUCAUUGUCGUAUUUGUGGCUUCACCAAUAAUCAAGGUCAGAGAAAUUGGAACAAAAGAUGUAAAACAUGUCUAAUAUUUCAAGAACAUAUGUUGUGCACAUCAUCAUGGAAGUUGCAUGCCCUUAUUUUUAACAACUCAUGGUCAAUGUCAUUACAAUAUUAUGUAGAUCUACACUAAACAGACCUAGCUUAGCCAUUGUAUACAAUAAAUUUACAAAAUAUUUUCACUAUUGCACAAUACUUGUAUUUCCUUGUAACUGAUUACCGUCUGAAGAGAACCCAAGAUUUGUUUAGCAUUAUAUGUUGCCAAAUAAUGUCUUAUUUAAGUCUAUCUGAAUAGCUAUAUAGCAGGGAUUAUGUUUUAAAUGUGGCACUGUUAUGACCUGGUACACAACACGUGUGAGUAUGAUUGUAUUUGCUGAAAUCCUUGAAUAAGGGGAGUGAAAACAUGAAGACCCGUGAUAGUAGUGCUGCCACCUCAGUCAGUCAAAGUAAAUUGAAAUAAAGAAAUCAACCAUGAUUCUCAGCUGUUGUAUUAUCUUUGUAAUCAUGACAAACUUAAAAAGCCGAUCAUCAUGAGAGAUUACUGAUUAGAAAUAUUACAUAUAAAGACUAUUCUCACUUUUACUUGAAAUGUUGUCGGACCAUCUGUUACCGGUGUUGACACUGCUGAUGAUGUAUGCUAGAUGUGGAUUUGGUUAUCAACUAGCGUACUUUUAUCUCAAUUUACUAUGGCUGUCUUGUAUAGACGUACAUUAAAUAUAAUAUAGAUACAAACAUUGAACAAGGUAUAAAUAAUACUGAGGAGUCUCAUCUUUUGCAGAUAGAGCAGUCACAAUAACAAACCCUCACACUGUUUAAGUUUGUUUUAGUACUGUGAUGUUUUUCUUCAAUAAAGAUUUCAUAACAUUUACAGGAA